UGACUUUUGUGUUUUUGGUGUUUUGACAUUGACGUUUCUACAUUUUGUGAAAUUUUAUGUUUUAAAUGACUUUCUUUCCUUAAACCUAAUUAUGUACACUCGAAUAGAAUAUCGAAAUAUUUGUGUUUUACUAAUAUUAGGUUUUGCAAUUAGUGUUUCAUCUUAUCGUGUAGACCUUAUCGACAAUGGACCUAUCGUUAAAGGAGCAAAUAUAACAUUCCAGGCUACUGUUUAUUACAAUGAUAAUUUAGCUAGUGGAAACUUUGUCUAUAGCUGGAAGGACAGAGCUGUCCCAACACACACAAGAGAGUAUCAAUCUAAAAACCCAAUUGAUGAAUGGACUGUUUUUUAUAAUGCCACUAUUUAUCCUCAAGGUCCUUAUGUGGUGCAAGUCACAGUCUGUAAAUAUUAUUUGGUUUAUUGCGCUGAAAUCGCCUCCAAUAGGGUAGAGUUUUACAUAACUGAAACCUUAAACGGUGACGUUUUGCUUAUCCAAAACAACAAAACCCGAACGGAUCUCUUCGUCUCAAACGCAGAACCGGUCAUCCACAACGUGUCUCUAAAACCUACCGACGCCGACUUCAUCAAACAGGCCCCCAGUGUGUUAACUUAUUGGUUCAUCGAUUGCGUCUAUUAUGGAUUCAGGAAAGAUUUCGAAUUUCCGUUCAACUACACGCAAGCUGAGAAAGAACAUUUGAUCGAAGCUUUGGUGGUUGCUGAUUUUUCGCCACCACCGCCACCCCCCACUACAACCACUCCAACACCCACCACAACGACAACAAUCAAGCCUAACAGCACCACAACUAGCACAACAACUCCAAAACCAACGACCACGACACAAAAAACAACUACAAAAACACCCCCCACGAAUUCAACUAAAGUCAAAAGGGAUGUUAAUAGCCAGUCGAAAAUUAUGGUGAACAUGAAUGGGACGUUACAACCUUACAAUGGUAAUUUUCCCUUUGUUUGUAACGGAACUCAAGUCGCCACAGAUAUACAAAAAACCUACGGCUAUUUUUUCAAGAAUGUUAAAGUUAGAGCGCCAGUGGCUAAAGUGAACGUCACUGGAAAUAAUUGGCUACAACAUGGGGAUUUACUGACAUUAAAUGUGAAAUGUCACGGGUCGAAAAGCUUCAAAUAUUGUGUACAAUACGAAAAAGGUCUUUAUAAUGUAACAGGGAACGAGACUUGUUACAUCUACGAUGAAUUAGACAAAUGUGAGUUUACAAUCCAGAGAUAUUUUUCCGAUUCUAUGGAACAUACAGUAGUUAUUAUAAUUAAAAACGAAGUCAGCAAAGUCGUCUAUCCUGUUACAGUGACUGUUUAUAAAGUUAAAAAACAAGCUCAACUUUCGGUAAUAGUGGUACCUGUGGCUUUCAGUUUGGUCGCUGUGGUUUUGAUAGUAUUUGGAGUGGCGUACUACCUCCAAAACCGGUCAAGGUUUGUAGUGGAGGUGGCAGAUUUUAAUUUCGGUCAAAACUACAGUGAUAUGGAGUACAAGACUUUUAAGGAGAGAUUAAGAGAUGCGAUCGCUAAUGCGUUUUUUACGAGGGCUCCUAGUCCCGGAUCGUCGGAAGUCCCGGUGUGGCCUCCGGGCCGGAAAUACGGAAGCAUGACGAGUUAAGAUAUUAUAAUACUAUGAAAGACUAGUGAGAUUCGCCUAAGAUUGGAAUUAUACGCAACAUUAUAGCGUUGUAGGAUGUUUUGUCAAUUUUAUGACAAAUGUUUAUGUGAUCUAUAUUUAUUACAUUAUCUCGGUUUAUAUUAGCCUCGAUAUUUUUUUAAUAUAUUUUUGUGUGCACAUGUUGUUUCAUACUUAACGGUUUUUAUUCAAGGUGAUACAGGUUUGUUCUGCUUUAACACUGGCGAGGGCGAGGGUAGAUCGAGUGCUGUAUAGUCGUCUGAUAUAUUUUACAUUUUUUGUUGUAUUGCUUUAUUUUUACUACAUAUACUAUAUUUAAAGAGAAAUGAAGCAAAAUAAAUUAGUUUUAAGAAGUU